UUUAUGUUCAGUCACUAAAGAAGGCACAAACUACAUUGUCAAUUGAUACUUAUUCUAAGGACUGAGUAGACUAUUGAUAAAGACUGGAAAAAUCGUUUGGUUGCUGAGAAACGCGGCCAGAUACUGCCUCAGUAACUAGGGUAACACCAUCAAUUGACUUUUAUACCACUGGAGAAAAUAAUUAAUACAUAUGCGAGACAUCGAAAGAGGGCUAAUGGGUACAAAAAUGUUUAAGGAAUGAGAGAAAACUAGUUGAAGCCAAAGAAAAUGAAGAGAACGAAGUGGUAAACCGAGAUACGUUGACUUGUAUAUCAUUGUUAGUCGAGUUUUUUGGUAAUACCGACGAAUCUAAGGGGGAUACGAGAUUUUUUGUCAUGACAUUUAUUGUAGAACUCGGCCUAUGACAUAAAAAAGAUUCCAAUGGAAAUUUCGCCAGAUUCGUUAGAUUCUGAGAUAAUCGCAAAAAACUGGUCAAUGGCCCAAAGUGACUUAUCUCGUUUUACGACUUCGUUCUUGAUAUGAUAAAAUUAAGAAAAAAUUAUAUGAGCCAAUUCUGCAGUUGAUUCACCGCAGUCAGAAGAUGAACGAUGAGUUAACAAUAGAUAGACCAUUAGGUUUAUUAUUCUAAAAAAAAGUAUGCGGAUUAAUACGGACGCUUGUAACAAAAUUGACAAUCAUUAAAAAUGGUUUUACUCUUCGUUUUUUAUUAUUUUUUUAGUUUGCAAUAAAUAUAAACAGAUAAGUGACGUAUUAUGUAAUUCGUGGAUUGACGAAUUGGUCAUUGACAUUUCUCAACUACACAAAAACAUAAGGAAAAAACUCAAUAGUGAUUAUAUCCAUCUACGAAUAAGAUGCAGGAAAGAAUUUAGCAGAACUGGAAUCUGACCUAACAGGAGAUACCACCGUCUCCUCAACAACUUUCGAGAGUAUCGAUUCAUCCGAAUACACCCGUACAUUCAAUCAUGAUCACGAGCAUGUCAAAGGGUGUGCAUACAAGUACAAACAAUGCACCUGUGAGCUGUGGACAAGAUACAAAAUGAGGCAGGAAAAGCGAAAACAGUGGUCCAAUCAUCAAAAUCGAGAAUUACCAUCAAACGACACCCUAAACUCGACGAUUUUAGCUGGAAACGUCGGCAAUACACCAGCUGGAACAUCACGAGGUUCCUCAGAUUCCUUUCACAGUGCCCAAUCCGUAUCAGAUGAUGUCCAAGUUGUCUAUUCGAAUGUUGGAAGUACAAACAAUGAAACCACAACAGGAAACUUGGACAUUGCCAUCAGUGAGUCGAAGCCAAGAGACACAAAUCACAAUAUCGAUUCUAAUCAAGAAAUUGAAUUGGAGUCUGAGAGACCUCCAGUGGCAUCAGAACUUGAUGAUUCGACAUCAUAUAUGAUGCCUUUUCUGGAGAAACUUUCUAAAGAGCUCGAGGUAGACUGUGGAUCCACCACAAAUCAACGUACUGAUACCCUGAAAAGAUUAUCGAAAUCCUUUGCUAUGAAUCCAGCAGCUUUUGCCGACAGACUGCUGACGAUCAUUGAGGAAACUAAUCUGAACAGUUAUCAGCAGAUAGACGAUCCAAGUGGGACUAAUUUGAGUCGUUUGACAGCAGAAUUCAGGAAAGCUUUUAAAUAUAAAUUCAACGAGUCUAUGAUCAUUGAUCAGUCUAUGCCAGCAGAAAUGUUGUCAUCCUGCAUUGACUCUUCAAGGGCAGUAUUCCCGGAAGCCUCGACAAGUCCAGGGGUCCUUGAUGCUUCGAAUUCUCCCCCAAAGCGAAGGAGUUCUCUAGACUUCGCAACCCCACGUCAAGAAAAUCAAAGACAUGUUAAAAAAAUUUAUCGUAAAACUCCGAAGAACCUCGGGGAAAAUGCAAAAAAAUCUAACCAAUCACCUCUGUGUAUUGCCAUGUUGAAGAAGGCAAGUGCUGUUUCAAAAUUGUCUCCAAAAACUCCCGAAAAUAUCAGGUACAUUGAUCGUUCUCCAUCUCACGUAGAUUCCUCUCAAAAAACGUUGACACCAGGAAUUGAUCAAUCGCCUUUGGACGAGUGCAAUGCAGCGUUGAGAGGAGGUGAUAGGGUUCAUGGAUCACCUUUCACAACUCCUACGAAGACAGAUUACAAUGAUUCCUUCACGUACUGGGAGCAUUACGCUCACAAAAAUGCGACGCCAGUGAGUGAAGGUAAAAUCAAAAGUUUGAGAAGAAGUAAAUCUGUUUCAGAUAUGACAGCUCAACUGGAAUCUGCCAGGAUCAAAAGAACGGGAGCAAUUCAAUACUACAAUCUCGAAGAUUCUCCACCGUGUUCAUCAGCCAAUAAGACCUCUGUGGAUAACGCACUCUACGACACGUUCAACAGCCAUCCGAACUACGAUGCCAAUCUGCCAGAAUCAGUUCUGGAAGAAGUCGUGAAAAAACGACUUCGAUGCUGCGAAACGGAGAAGAUGAUUCGCGAGAUUGAUGCGACUUAUCUCACUGCUGAUGACACCCCUGAGGACGACAUGGUCCUGGAGUAUCUGAAGUUCGUCAGGAGAUCCAGCGAUUACCACAAGUACCUGAAUAAGAAUAAAGAUAUCAUAAAUAAGGCGAUGAGUGCGAUUGAAGUGAAACGUAAACUUUCCAAGACACCUCAACCAUCAGUGAAGACUCCAGGGAAGCUGAUGAGAUCAACGAAGAAGGUUCAACCUGUUAUGAAUGAACUCAAGAGGCCGGCGUUCGUCGUAGAUUUUCGUCGAAGGUCACCAGUGGCUGCCAGCAAGACUCCCAGGGGAAAACCACCAAUUCGAUCAAAUCGUGGAGAGACAUCUUUGUAUUUACGAGGUUUGAGCGCCAAGAAAACAGACCUGAAGUCGGAAUCAUCGGCAUCAUCGGCUGUGCGUCCACCAACAACUCCAAGAAUAACAAGUCGAAAAUUGGCGCUGACUCGGAGUACUCCAAAUUUGGCUCUCACACCACAAUCAGUUGCCUCGAAAUUACCACCGGUUGCAGGGGGGAAGACACCAUCCAGGCCCCUGAGUGUUGUCAAAACUCCAGGCAAAUUGAAUGUGUCAAGGACACCAGCUAAGGUCAAUUCUAAAAGUGGUCUUACCAUGAGCUCCGUCACAGGACGAUCAAAGGCUCUUCCACCAACAGCUCGUUCUUUGACGAAGUCUCAGUCCAUCCAGAGUUUACACUCAUCUGUUGCGCCAGCUACUCCACGUUCCCAGACAACAAUUUGUACUCGGGAUAGGAAAUUGGUACAGAGUAAUCAAAAACCUGGAGUGACAGGUGUGAGACUCCCUUCAACGCCUGCCAAGUCUGGUGAGAAAGCGACAAUCACAUACAGAUUGGGGAAGGUCUUCAAUUCACCUGCGACAUCUGAACAGAAGACAUGCGCCUUCUUCACGACACCGAAACCAAAAGCGACUCCAAUGUCUUCAGCUUUUGCGAAACGAGGAAAAUAUUUUGAAACCCCUGUCAAAGCUGGAGAGAGUAAAAAAACGACAAUGUUUUCGGCGUCGAGGGAUAAAAAGACUCUGGUUGGGAGUGCAGUGUAUUAUAAUUAUGUUACUGUCAAGUCUCCAGUGGCUGAAUACAUCAAUUCAACUGAUGCUAAAUUGGUGCAGAAUGUGCGAAGCAAGGACCAGCAGUUUUUGUUGACACCCAAUGAAAAGAAAACGACUACUUCCGCGGAGAAUCUGCGCAUCAAAUUGGGAGGGACUGGUGAAGCAAAAAGGGAUUUGUUACAGGAGACAGCUGAAAAUGAUGAGAAUGUGAUUGGCCAAUCCUCAAAAUCAUUCCCCAAAGUCGUAUAUCAACCACCAGCCGGAGUUUACGAUAUCAACUGCAGUCCGCCUGCAAAAUUACGUGGAGAUCGUGGAAAAGUUCUCAGAGAAAUAAAUGAUAGAAGAGUUAUCAUUCGUCACAAUGGCCGUCUCCAGAGCAACGUUGCUGAGCAAUCAAUUCAUAUUUCGAAAUUGGCAGAAAAGAGCAAUUACGUCGGUUACUGUCAAUCAGCUAAAAAAUCGUUCAAAUGAUUGUUGAAGUUUGAAUAAAUCAUUCCAUAUGGUCAAACUACUGUCGAACAUUACUGCUCGGAUGAUGGAAUGACCAACAAAUCAUUCCGAUUCUAUUGUGAAAGAUUAUACCUAUAAAACACUUUAUAUACAUUAUCAGAAGUGAAAACUACGUGAUUUUUUUAUUCUCUUAAGAUGUUAAAUAAAGUUUUAUAUGAAUAAUUUUACAUUAAAUGGCUUUAAUUUUUUAAGCCACUAGAGCAAUGAAAUUCAGAACAAUUUAGUCUCAUACAAAGAAUUUCAUCUUUCGAUACUUUUUUUUUAAUGGAAAAUUUAUGGAAAUCGCGAAAUGAAUUUCCAAAACUCGUAAUUUCUGUUGCUGUAAAGAUCGUACAAUAUUUACAUAAUUAGAAGGAUGAAAAACAAUCAGGAAUUUGUUCCCAUUAUGGGGUAAUAUAUAAAUGUUGAUUGAUCGUUAGACACGAGGUAUUUCAUGUUGAACGUUUCAAAGACUGUUCUUCAUCCUUUUCGAAACUGAACUGAUUUCUGUUCUAUGAUUUUUUCUUAUUUUUUACUCAGCAUUGAAAACCCAUUUCGAAGGUUUAUUAAUUCUAAAUCUGAUAUUGUGAAUCUGUGUGGACGAUAUUUAUUAGAUAUGUAGUUCAUUCUUUAAAAGAUUUGUUAAUAGCUGUGGUUAUGGAGGGUCUCAGGUUAUACAAAAUAUUUAUUAUUUUACGAGGUAUCACUGCACUGAGAAAAGAAACUAUUUUCUCCAGAUAUUCAUCGACUCGCGAGAAGUAUUAAUUUUUGAUAAAUCAUAUUCCCUCGAUUGAGUCAUUCGUUUCCAUUAUGAUGAUGUUAUUGCUCUUGAGGGUCACUCCGUUAAUGAUUUUAUUUUUUUUUGAGUUUUGGAUUCUCUAGAUGAACAAAUAUCGAUCAAUUUUUUAAUGUUCAUAACUAGUGAAUCCAAGUUUAUUUAAGUUUAUAAUUGACGUGAUUGUUACCUAGGAGAAUAUAAUUAACAUGAUUCAAACCUAGUAAUGGCGUCACUCAAGGAAUAUUGUAUGGAAAAAAUAAAUGUUUCUGUGAAGUACAUGAA